GUCCAUUACGACGGCCACAAACCCAUCGUCGAAUUAUCCCAACUGGCGCCCCGCCAUCUUAUCCAUGAUGCAUUCAGAUAAUCCCUCGCGAUCUCAUUCGUCGUCCCGUGCCGCUCAGCACUCAGCGCCUGCUCGGCCGCAACCUCGGCAUACAACGAAAGAGCCCUGCCCCCCAACUCCCGUAGGUGUCGACCCAGCACAGCUCAUUGGGAAGGCCCUCAAGGGCGUGCGCCGCUCGCACAAUCACCCAAAUGUCACCCUUCAGUUCACCGACAACACCGCGUUCCAGAUCCUCGUCGACGGGUAUGACCCGCGCCACCGCGGCGUCCCCAAGUAUAUCGAGACGGACCCCGACCUCGAGCCUAUUUUCAACCACCCCGAUGACCUGCGCGAUGGCCCGCUCACCAUAUGUAAUGCCGCGCGAAUCACGCUCGCGGACAAAGCGUUCGACCUCAACGGGCGUGGCAGCCGAUGGGACCAGACUCACUGCGGCAUUGCCUUGAAAUUCAAGGAAGACGGUCGCUGGCAUUGCAUCUGGGCGAUGCUCGCGGAGUACGAGCACCACGGACAAAUGAACUGCAUCUUCCGCAGUUACCACGACGUCUACCUUGCCGCCCUCGCCCCUCUUCCGGGUCGGGGAAAACGACGGCCACCCAACAAAACUCAAGACUUCAACAAAAAGUGAUGAAUAGCACACGUCAUGUGUGUAUUAGAUUAUCAUUAUCACGACAGAUAUCUGGGACGGGGAACAAAUGUACUUGUACUUGUACUGAUUGUACUAUUUAGUUGCCAGACGACGGACAUAUCUACGUACAGGUUGAUAUAUAAAAUUGUACAGUUACGUUUGCGGUG